CAAGAUGCGAAGUUAGCGCACAGAGCCAACCAUCAGCAUGGCUUCUAUCAUGUUAAUCGCCGCGUCCCUUGGCGCCUGGGUCAGCUGUGCCGCCGCAUAUUGUGACACAUACACGGCCUUGUCGGGAGAGUUUCAAAGCCCAAAUUAUCCAUCUAAAUAUUGGAACAGUAUGAGAUGCAAUUACACUUUUGACACUGGUUAUCCGAUCAUAAUCAACUGCCCGGAAUUCGUCCUUCAAAGUCGGAAGGGAGGCCUCUGUAAGAGAGAUUAUUUCACCAUCAAUGACGCUGGCACGCUCACUGCCUUCUGUGGGACGACAGGGCCUUCAAACUAUGUGUCGACAGGAAGCCUAGUUACAGCCGAGUUUAAGAGUAAUAAAAAAAUCAGAAAAUAUGGAUUCAAUUGUACGUAUGAGAGCAUUGUUGACACAACUACAGUCGAGACAACAACCCCUCAGGAAACCACAACCCAAGCGUCAGCUCUCCUGACGACGGCAACUGGCCUCUAUAAUUCGAACACUUGCUACACAAGUCAAAGAUCCACGUGUGGGUGUUCCGUGACGUACGACGAUUCGGAGUUCUACACGACUGUCUUGGGCGACGUCCGUAUUGUCGUGGCCAAUGGCAUCCCGGGCCACGUGUAUGAAGUAGGACAGGAAAAUGCCAAUCCCAACAACGCUUGCCCACAUGAGGUGUACAUGGCGGUGCCUGUAAAUCCGGUAAAGGGCAAUACUUACGUGGCCUACGGCAUGGGGCCUGUCGGCAUCGCGACCUCCGGCGCCUUCUUUUACAACCACCUCAGCACGCCCAGCGGGGACACGGCCGUGAUCAGCGAGGGAGAGAGUUUUGACACGUGCAGUGGCCACAGCGACAUGUUCUGCCGUUACCACUAUCACAUGCGGCCUUCCUGCAUUGCGGAAGCCGGUAGUUGUACUCUCGUAGGAUACAUGAGAGAUGGGUUUUCCGUGUACUCCUCCUGCCUUCGUGAUUCAGGAUCCGAUUACCUGAGGAGCUGCUACCAGGACAACGGGACCGGCGACGGCAGCCAUACCAGCCACUACACAUUCAACCAAACGGCCUACGACAACGGAGACUGUGACCUCGACAUGGCCAACGGAUACACCUUUUCCGACGAUCGCGGUUAUGCUUACAUAUUCACCGAAGACUAUCCUUUCAUUAUGACGGGCUACUACGGUACAGAGCUUGCAGAUAUCUGCUAUCUCGAGGACGCAUGAAGACUUAUAUUGGCCUGACCUGCGGUUGCAUAUACGCGAGUUAUUCAUAGACAUAUUGAAAUGAUAUGAAAACUGAAAUUAUAGAUUAUGGCCUUCAGUCUGUCUGUGAUGUAAAUCUGCAUAAAACACGAAAAAAGUUAAACAACUUGAAUGAAUUUUGAUGCGUAUUAAAUAGUAUCCUUUGAUAUAUAGAGACUCUAUUAUCACUUUUAAAGACCAACUGAGCUAUAGUCUUCGCAGAUAUCUGUCAUCACCAUUUAUGCACCUGUAAUUCCCAGGUAAUCCAUAACUGUGAUCGAAACAAACUAAUCAAUGAAAUUAUGCAUUAAA